AUGAAAAAACGACUCAGAGAUAUACUUGGGGUCCCAGCACUUCGCGAUAUCUUCAGCCCUGAGAUACCACUCGAGUUUGACUGCCCUAUCUACUUUGUUAGAGAUGAUUUCGUCGCUCGCGAGCACCAAGGCUUCCCUCUCCCGCCAGGCAUGGCUGAACUUUUUCCUGCGAUGGGUGUUCUAUCUUCUUUUGAGGUGAAUUGCGAGCAGAUGGGCAUGUCUCGGUGA